AUGUAUUAUUACUUAACAGCAAUUGCCUUCGUUAGCUACAUUUUAUAUAAGUGUUAUAUUUAUCCCUUAUAUUUGUCUCCAUUACUUAAAGUUCCUGGUCCACCUGUUGAUAAUUUUCUUCUUGGACAUUAUGCUUCUAUAUUGAGUAAAAAUAUAAAGGAAGCUUUUUAUCACUUAGUAAAACAAUAUGGUGGAAUAGUUAAGUAUCAUGGCUUAUUGAGUAAACCCUAUAUCUUAGUUGCAGAUCCAAAACUUGUCCAAGAAAUACUAUCAAGUCAUUCAUAUGAAUAUCCGAGAGAUAUCUUUAAUAAACCUCCGCUCAAGGAUGUUUUAGGUGAAGGUCUUUUAUUUGCUGAUGGAAAUGUUCACAAAAGACAAAGAAGAUUGAUGUCUCCUUUAUUUGCUUAUGCCAAUAUCAAGGAAAUGCUUCCAACAAUCGUUCAAGCAGGACACAGAUUAAAAGAUAUCUGGAUUAAACAAAUCGGUAAUGAGAAAUCGAAAAGAAUUACAGUUACAGAAUUAAUUCCAAAGACAACUUUAGAUAUUAUUGGUCUUGUUGGGUUUAAUUACGAAUUCAAUUCUACUACUUCGGAAUCUGAAUUAGCUCAAGCAUAUAAUGCAUUAGCUAAUAACACUAACUCGUCUAUAUACCUGGCUCUUCUUCGUUUCUUCCCUUCACUCAGAAAAAUUCCAACAUCUCAUAAUAAUAAACAGCUUAAUUCUAUUAAAACUAUCAAUAAUACUACUGAGAGACUAAUUGCAGAACAAAGAAGUAGUCUUGUUCGAGGAACAGAUUUAUUGUCAUUGUUGGUAAAAGCAAAUGAUAGCUUACCUGUUGAUCAACAAUUAACGCAUAAAGAAUUAACUGGUCAGACUACUAGCACUGCAAUAUCUUGGGCACUAUACUUUCUCGCAAAAAGUCCUGAUGCCCAGGAUCGUCUUCGUAAAGAAGUUCUUGAAAUACUUGUUGACCGUGAUCAUUGCCCAACUUUUGAUGAAAUUGAACAUAUGAAAUAUUUAGAUUGUGUCUUCAAAGAAGCUUUAAGGCUUAUUCCGCCUGGUAUAAAUACUUCAUUAUGGAUUCCUAUUUAUGCAAUCCAUCGUAAUCCUUUAAUUUGGGGUGAUGACGCUGAACAUUUUAAUCCAUCUCGGUGGCUUAAUCCGGAACUAAAAUCAAAAAUAACUAAUUAUACUUACUUACCUUUUGGUGCUGGCCCACAAAAUUGUGUGGGGAUGAGAAUGGCUCAUUUAGAACUUAAAACUAUUUUAUCUAUAAUUAUUAGAAAUUUUGAGUUUAGAUCGGUUGAAGGUUUUUCUGUUAGAAUUGGAGAGUCGGUUUUAUCUAAACCAAUUCCUGGAGUUGAUUUAAUGGUUUCAAAAGUAGAUUGUUAA